AUGGCUACCCCCCAGGGCUCCCAAGGCGCGUUGCCUGCCAUACCCGCUCUGGACAACAGCUAUGGGGCAAUGCUGCUCGGUACCUUCCUUGGUGGCAUGUUAUAUGGGCUUACCGUCCACCAGACGUACAGAUACUUCCGGCUGUACCCUCGGGAUCCCAUACCGUUCAAGCUUUUCAUCUUGUAUAUUCUGACGCUUGAGACGGUUCAUACUAUGAUAUGGAUUAUAGCAUGUUAUCACUUUCUCAUCACAGACUACUUCAAACCUAAUUUGAUCAACGCCGGGCACUGGAGCGACAAAGUCAAUAUAAUCAUCACGGGAUUAGCAACUAUACCGUGCCAAGGUUUCUAUGCGCGGCGCGUCUUCCUUCUCCAAACGAAGACCCACUGGAUUGUCGCUCUUGCUGUACUCGGGAUGCUCGGAACUUUCGGCCUCGAUAUCAUCGGGACAAUCAAAGCCUUCGAAUUGAGCUUUUCGGACUUCGCGCGGUUCAGCUGGAUUGCCUCCGCAGCAUACGGAUGCGCAAUCCUCACCGACGUGCUCCUGACAGGAGCCCUCAUUUAUGUACUGCUGCACAGCCGUACGGGGUUCAAGCAUACGGACUCUUUGAUCAACACGCUGAUUGUGUACUCGAUCAAUACUGGUCUCCUCACGGGUAUUACCGGGUUAAUGGCUUUUAUCUUCGCACUCAUUUUGCCUGGCAACUACAUAUACGCUGGUAUCAGCAUUGUCAACAUCAAACUAUACGCGAACUCCGUACUCGCCAUCGUCAACUCGCGCCGCUCCCUGGCUUCAAGCACCGGCAUAAGCAUGGUCGACGACUUCGAGCUGUGCCAGACAUCCGCCUUCAGCUCCGGCACCGGGCAGGCGUCCCACAGCGCCGUGCAGGCCCAGUUCGUGUUCCCUCCAUCUCAGGUUCCGACGUCUCUGUGGCAGUCCACGGGAGGCACCGGGAUGGUGCCUGCGUCGCGUGGUAUGGAGUCCGGUCGGGAGUCGCCCCUCGGACACGGAAAGAAGGACGGCGGCAGGGAAGAGUUCGCGAUGGACACGUUCAUCGUGAACACGGCGUCCCCGGUUUAG